GAGGAAGUGAUUUUGUUGACUUGAAAGGAAUUUGGAAUACAUUAUUGGGAAUGAAGUAUUCAUUACCACCACCAAUUAAGACAGAACAGAUGCAAUAAUAAGGAUUACAUAAGAGCCAUUUUAUUCAACCGAGGAAGCUUUUAAAUUGUCUUUCACUAUGGAAAGAACAUAAUCUGCAUUUCUGAAUACAAGAGAAGACUUUUUAGCAGAGGAUGGAACCAGAAGAACUUUUGGAACUGAAUAGGACUUCAAUAUUUCAAAGCCCCUUUGGAUUUCUUGAUCUCCACACAAUGCUGCUGGACGAGUAUCAAGAACGGCUCUUUGUGGGAGGGAGAGACCUUGUCUAUUCCCUGAAUUUGGAACGAGUCAGUGAUGGCUACAGAGAGAUAUACUGGCCUAGCACAGCAGUAAAAGUAGAAGAAUGCAUAAUGAAAGGAAAAGAUGCAAAUGAGUGUGCCAAUUAUGUCCGGGUUUUGCAUCACUACAACAGGACACACCUUCUGACCUGUGCUACUGGAGCCUUUGAUCCACACUGUGCCUUCAUCAGAGUCGGGCACCAUUCAGAGGAACCCCUGUUUCACCUGGAGUCACACAGAUCUGAGAGAGGAAGGGGCAGAUGUCCUUUUGACCCCAACUCCUCCUUUGUGUCCACGCUAGUUGGUAAUGAGCUGUUCGCCGGACUCUACAGUGACUACUGGGGUAGAGACUCAGCGAUCUUCCGCAGCAUGGGGAAGCUAGGCCACAUUCGCACUGAGCAUGACGAUGAGCGGCUACUGAAAGAACCAAAAUUUGUAGGUUCGUAUAUGAUUCCUGACAAUGAAGACCGAGAUGACAACAAAAUGUACUUCUUCUUUACUGAGAAGGCGCUGGAGGCAGAGAACAACGCCCACACAAUCUACACCCGAGUGGGGCGGCUGUGCGUGAAUGACAUGGGAGGACAGAGAAUCCUGGUGAACAAGUGGAGCACAUUCCUUAAAGCUCGGCUGGUUUGCUCAGUACCAGGAAUAAAUGGAAUCGACACAUACUUUGACGUGCUAGAGGAUGUGUUUUUACUGCCGACCAGAGAUCCUAAGAAUCCAGUGAUAUUUGGACUGUUUAAUACUACCAGCAAUAUAUUUAGAGGCCAUGCUGUAUGUGUGUAUCACAUGUCAAGUAUCCGGGAAGCCUUUAAUGGCCCAUACGCUCAUAAAGAAGGCCCUGAAUACCACUGGUCACUAUAUGAAGGAAAAGUCCCCUACCCAAGGCCUGGUUCCUGUGCCAGCAAAGUGAACGGAGGCAAGUAUGGAACCACCAAAGAUUACCCCGAUGACGCCAUCCGGUUCGCAAGGAUGCAUCCUCUAAUGUAUCAGCCCAUAAAACCCGUGCAUAAGAAACCAAUACUGGUGAAAACGGAUGGAAAAUACAACCUGAGGCAGCUAGCGGUGGAUCGGGUGGAAGCAGAGGACGGCCAAUAUGAUGUCUUAUUUAUUGGGACAGACACAGGAGUCGUGCUGAAAGUAAUCACCAUUUACAACCAAGAAACAGAGUGGAUGGAGGAAGUCAUUCUAGAGGAACUUCAAAUAUUCAAGGAUCCAGCUCCUAUCAUUUCUAUGGAAAUUUCUUCAAAGAGACAACAGCUCUACAUUGGAUCAGCCUCUGCUGUAGCACAAGUCAGAUUCCAUCACUGCGACAUGUAUGGCAGUGCUUGUGCCGACUGCUGCCUGGCUCGCGACCCGUACUGUGCCUGGGAUGGCAUAUCCUGCUCCAGGUACUACCCAACAGGUGCACACUCAAAGAGGAGGUUCCGCAGGCAGGACGUUCGGCAUGGCAACGCCGCUCAACAGUGCUUUGGACAGCAGUUUGUUGGAGACGCUCUGGAUCGGACUGAAGAGAGGCUGGCCUAUGGCAUAGAGAGCAACAGUACUCUCCUGGAAUGCACCCCGCGAUCACUGCAAGCAAAAGUCAUCUGGUUUGUACAGAAGGGACGCGACAUAAGAAAAGAAGAGGUGAAGACGGAUGACAGAGUUGUCAAGAUGGACUUGGGCUUGCUCUUCCUCAGAGUACGCAAGUCAGAUGCAGGGACCUAUUUUUGCCAGACCGUAGAACACGGUUUUGUCCAUACUGUGCGUAAAAUCACCUUGGAGGUGGUCGAAGAGCAUAAAGUGGAGGGAAUGUUUCAUAAGGACCACGAAGAGGAAAGACAUCACAAGAUGCCCUGCCCUCCCUUGAGCGGUAUGUCUCAGGGGACAAAACCCUGGUACAAGGAAUUCUUGCAGCUGAUUGGCUACAGCAACUUCCAGAGAGUGGAAGAAUACUGCGAAAAGGUGUGGUGUACAGAUAAGAAGAGGAAAAAGCUUAAGAUGUCUCCCUCCAAGUGGAAGUAUGCCAACCCCCAGGAAAAGAGGCUUCGCUCCAAAGCUGAGCACUUCCGCAUGCCCAGGCACACGCUGCUCUCCUGAGGGCGCCCUCUGCCGGCUGCUGAGGAACCUAGGAUGGAAACAUUUUUUUUGAAGGGGGCGAAAAAGACUGAAAGCAUGCCAAGUCUUUCCAUUACUUCAAAGAACUUUCUGUAGUACUGAGAGGCUGGAAAGGCGUUUUAAGUUAUUCUGCAUACUCAUCUGACUGUACAAACAUCCCUCUCACAGUACCAGUACUUAAACGAGUGCAUUGCUUUAAAAGGCUUCCCGUAUUUAUCAACAUAUGAUCGGGGCUGUAAUUUUGAGCUUGCUUUUCAGGGAAAUUAUUUUGCCAUUGGGAUAUGUAUUAUAAUUAUAAUAUUAAAGAAAAGGUUAUAGGUUUUCAUAAUCGAGAAUCAUGUAAAAUUCUGGAGGUUUUUUUUUUUCUUUUUUCUUUUUUUUUCUUUCUUUUUUUUUUUCAGCCAUAAGGUAAAAUAUACAGAAUAUCAGAUACGCACAGAUUUUCGUGCGAGCUUUUUGGUCAGGUUUUUUUUUUUUUUUUUUUUUUUGCCAUAAGUUUUAUGUAGCCGUGUUGUGGUUGCUAUAAACUGUAUAAAAAACCUGCGACCCAUGCAUUCUGAGGUUUGUUCUCGUCAUGAAACACUCACUAAGCUAUAUUAAAAAUAUUUCUGUUUAAUAAACAAGACAAAUCCUUUAAAUUUCACUUCAGUGUGGAAGGAAGGAAGAUUGCCUCCAAGAAAGAUAUUUUUAAAUAUUUUCAAACCAUGAAAGUAGAAUUCUGUUAAAAAGGUCUGUGCUUCCCUCUUGUGGUGGCAGAAGGCAUUGUAUCGCUCAAUGCUGUUUCCAGAAUUUUCCUGCAAUGACUUGAAAACAAAAUGUAUGAGUAGAUACAUCUAGUUCAUUUUUCAGAAGACUCAACUAAAAAAAAAUAAUUUUAUAUAAUAAUUUAAUAUGGAAAUAGCCUGCUUGUGGAUAAUUCAUAACUUCAGAACACAACGAAGAUGUUAACUGCAUUUGAGCUUUGAAAUAGUAAAAAGUACCUUUUCAGUCCCUGAGACAAGACACUCUGAAAGUGUGCUUUACCUGUAAAGAAAUUAUCAAAGCAUUCUGUCUCAGAAAUGAAAUCUUCCUAUUUUAUAUUUACUUCUUGGAUUCAUUUUACUACUGACAUCUUCAGAGAAUCAUUAUCUUUGCCUUAUGAAUAUAAUCAAAAUUUAUAUUUUUCAGAAUGUUUAUUUCUUGAGAUUUUUCUUCUUUGUAUUUUAAAGAGUUAGCAGCUUCCUUUCUAAAAUAUGAGUUUUAUGAGACUUUUCAGUUAGGUAAGAGUACAGAAGCGGAGUGUACAUAAGAACAAUUAUAAAUACGUAUUCAGACUUAAAUUUAAAUAUUUAUGUCCGCUAUCUCAGUAUGCUAUAUAAUUAAGAAUAUAAAGUGUUGAGAACCUCUAAUGGAUUUCUUUUUCAAUCUAAAAUUAGUGAGUACAUAAAUAUUCCACAACUUUAAAGUUUUAAAAUUUUGGAAAUUUUAAAGUCCAGAAUUGCUAAAACAACUAACUAGUAUGAAUAAAGAGAAUAUUGACGUCCUCUGAAAGUCCACACAUUAUUGACUGUAGAAUCCACUGCGCACCAUUAUUGUCCGGCAAAAGUAAUUGGCAAAGGGGAGUAUUCAAAGCUUUUAAAAUACUGUAGUUUAUGACACAAAGGGGGGAGGGAAAAUUGGGGAAUUAUAACCAUAAACACACCUCACUAGUUCCUAAGGAAAGGAUAUGUCUGGAAUAUUCCAAGGGAGCAGAUAAACCUAUGGAGAAGUCUUCUUCUUCUUCCUCUUCUUCUUCUUCUUCUUCUUCUUCUUCUUCUUCUUCUU